CUGGGCACCAGAGCAUGCGGACGCCGCAAGCCAGGCGCCCAGAAGCACAGAAAGUGCCCUGCGGCUGUAGACCCUCGGGGUCGUGCACCCGCGACCUGGACCACAGGGGACUGUGGCAGCAAAAGGUGGGGGAAGGCGCGGUAAAGUUGCAGGGUCGCCCGGAGAAGUCCCCGGAGCGCGCAGUGAGGUGGGGACGCCAGCCAGGUACCUGCAGGAGUCCGGGCGCAUCCGGCUCGCUCAGCUCUGCGACGCCGUCCGCCAGCGCUGCAGGGAUCAGGCCUCGCGGCGCAGCCCCGCGCCUGCCGCCGCGGCGGCGAGGAGAGCCGGGCGGCCCGCGUCGGCCGGUCUGUCCGUCGGUCCCGCCCAGCUGGAGCGAGGCUCCCGGGAGCUGCGGGCGGGGCGGGGCGGGGCCCGCCGCUCGGCCGCCGCCCCAUUGGUCGCAGCUCCGCCAGCCCCUCGUUUCGGGCCCGCAGCCGGGCGCCCCUGGCCGAGGGCGCGGGCGGCUGAGGACUGCCAGGCUCCGACCGCUAGACAGGCGGACAGACUGAUGGACCCAGACACUGCCCUGCAGGCAGCGCGCCCCCGCCCAUGCCCAAGUGCAGAGUCACCCCAGAGUGGCCGGCGCUGUCCGGUUGGGAGCCGGAGCGCGUCCCGCACCUCCCACCUGCGCUCCCUCCUGGGCCGGAAGCGCUGAAAAAAGAUGACCUCCCCCGCGGCCCCGGCGGUUGGGGCAACCGCCUCUCUAAAGUCGCGGCCCCAGCGACACUUUGCUAAUUUGCCUGGAUUUCCUCAGGAAGUCGCGAGGCCCAAACUUGUUUUAAAACAAAGUGCGAAGGAGAAUACAUACAGCUCCAGUUCCUGCCAAUGUUUGCUACCGGUCCCGCUGCCUGAAGACACAGGCACAGUGCAGAACAAGAUGCUCUGUCUCAUUCCGCGACUCACCGAGUCAGAAGAGGUGCCUGGACAUUUCCACCAAGCAGAUGCGCCUCAUUUGUAGAAGAGGAACCAGUCGGGUCCCCUUUCCGAAGGACGAAUGGAAGAGGGAGUCAGGGGACGUUGCCUUCAGCCGACAUUGAGGAACAAACCACGACCUCGGCGAGGACAGCGUGUGGUCCAGAAGGCAUCGCUGGCCUCGCUGCACUGAGCAAGAGCGCUCAAUCAACAGCCAGGAGAAAUGGGACGCUUCGGGACCCACCCCCGCGCUCCCCCUCCCGCCCCCAAACUGCAGAUUUUUAAGUUGUGCAGACGUGCAAUAAUUCCUUGGAGCCAGCUGCUCCAAGCUAAGGCUCCCAGUGUUCCCUGGGUUCCCACCCGCAGCAUGCGCCCUGCCAGCUGCCCCCAAGCCAGCACCCGCUGACCACUCACCUCAGGCAAGCACCUAGAGAGACGACGCAGAUUCAAGCUCCAGGCCUUGAGCCAAGCGCUGAAGAGGGAAUGGGGGCAAAGAGGUGGCAGAAAACACUUUCCUGAACUUAUUGAAUACCCUAUGUUAUCUGUGGGUUUUCUAAUUGUUAUUUGCUUAAUGAAAAACCCACGUUGGAAAUCAGAAAAAGGGAAUAAUCCUCACAGUAUCUUGUGGGCUUCAAAGAAGUUUUCCCCUUAAAGGGGGUGUUGGUCCAGAGGAGAGGCUAACAGCAGGCAGGAAAGGCAGAGGAAAAGCUAAAGCAUAAGGUGGUCUUCCCCUUGAGACCUGGAGCCCACCAAGCUCCAACAGUUUCAUUUGACUUCUGGAAAGCAAAGUACAGAUGCAUGUGUCUGCAGAGCACUGUUUUGAGCCAUUUGUCCCUAAUUCCAUGGUUCUUUGGUUCCUGCAGUCUUGCCUCCUCUCCUGUGGAAAAGGAUCAAAAGCAUUGGUCUACACUGUUAUUUACAAGCAAUUGAAGAAGAGGACUUCUGGAGUGGAUGGAGACACAUGCCACCAAUGGAUGCAUUUCAGUCUGUCUUCCGGGCCUCCUUUAGAAGUCUCCCUCUGUUACCCACCUAUCACAUGCCCAUGUCUUCCCUCCCCACAGCCAAACCUGUCCCCAACUUUUUGUUCUCACUAAAGUCCAAAUGACAGAAAUCUAGCUGGAUUAGUACUUACCUUAGCCUUGAAGGAAAGGAAAGUGCUCAUUAGCUUCUUAAAUUGGAACAGGUCUGCAGGUGAAAAUGAAGAUGUGCUCAUCUCUGGCAGGAAGGUUGGGCGUGAGGUGUCUAGUCCUAAUAAGCAGCGUUUAUUUGGUGGGUGCCUCCCACUUGCCACUUUCUACACAGCCGCCUGAGUAUCACUCCAGUUAGUCUGAGCAUGUGAAACACCUGCAACUCCCUAGACCCACCAUGCUUUUUCAUGACUCUCUGAACACACAGCAGUGCCUCCUUCGCUAAGAACACAGUUCCCCACCACCAAGCUUUGCUUUGCCGAACAGACCCCUUCCCCUUAGGACGAGAUUCAGUGGAUAAUGACAUCAUAAUCAUGACCCUCUGGGAAGCCGCCUCUCUCAUCCUGGGUUGUGUGUCUCCUCUGCACACUCCCUCAGCACCCUUUGCCUCCCUCUUUCAUAGAAUCUACCAUAUGGGAUUUUAACUGUUUAUCUUCCACUCGACGAUGAACUCCUUGAAGACUGAAUUUCCAGGACCUUUUGUUGGAUCUGCACAUUUGUGAAGUGAAUUACUGAAGGCUGCCCAGUUUCAUCUGCUCCUAGUCAAAACCUAAAUCCCUUAUUUCUAUGUUAUCUUUUGUCAGGUAAAAAUAAAACAUGUAAACCGUCA